AUUUCAGUAGUUCAACGUCUGCCAAACGGUUCAAACCGAAAGUUUACUGCGUUUUUUGAGCAAUUUAAAUAUUUCCAAAAUAUAUAAAAAAGAAAAAUUGAAAAUAUGCUGAAACAAGUGAUUGCUGUUCUUUUCAUUGCCUUGUGUCUGAUGCACACGGCCUCGGCCAUCAAGUGCUAUCAGUGCAAGUCCCUGACGGAUCCCAACUGCGCCAAGGAUAAGAUCGAUGCCUCCUCCAAUGUCCGCUCGGUGGAUUGCGAUAGCGUGCCCAGGCCGAAUACGAUGGAGCAACUGCAGCCAGUGACCAGGUGCAAUAAGGUGGUCACCAGUGACCGUGCUGGAACCAUUGUUUCUAGGGAUUGCCACUUCGAGUCUAUUGGCCAGAAGGACAACGAGUGCACGGUGACACACAGCCGCCAGGUGGAGAGCUGUUUCACCUGCAAAGGUGAUUUGUGCAAUGCUUCAGGUUCGGGACGCUUUGUCGCUUUGAGUGCGACGGCAUUGUUGGCCAUCUUUGCCCUGCAGAUGUCCUUGUGAGGCGGAAUCCGCUAUCCAUGAUUCUUAUAUGAUAAAUGUCAAUAACACAUACCUGUACAAAAAAGAAAUGUAAAUUUGUUAAUUCAAAUCAUUGAAUAAAGUUAACUAAAUAAUAA